GUGAAUUAGGUUGGUGUUGGUCGGUCCAAGUGCAAAGUCCAAACCAUUCUGAAACUUUCUGGCGCCCUCAAAUUGACGCCACGAAUCUCUCCAAUUCGGUGAACAAGUAUUUUAAUUUUGAAGGUUUCUACGAACCAAACCUAAACAUUACGAAUGUUGAUGUUUUGAACGAAAAGUUUUUCUAAUGUCACCAACACAUUCCAAUACCAAUUCCGACACGCAACUCAGAAUCGGAGAACGGGCUUUUUCCGCCGCCGGUGCCGCCUUCUUGUCUGCCAUCAUCGUCAACCCCCUCGAUGUCGCCAAGACAAGACUCCAAGCACAGGCUGCAGGUGUUCCCUACCAGGAUGCUUGUCGAGUGCCAUCAUCUUAUCAAACUAACACGAUAAUUAGAUGUCCUGCUAUGCACUCAUUUUCCGGCUCUGAAUGUCCUACUGGAUGUAACCGCUAUAAAGGGACAUUGGAUGUUCUCUAUAAAGUUACACGGCAGGAAGGCUUUAUGAGAUUGUGGAGAGGCACAAAUGCAAGUUUAGCAUUGGCUGUGCCAUCUGUUGGAAUCUACAUGCCUUGUUAUGAUAUUUUCCGUAACAUGAUGGAGGAGUUUACAACUCAGAAUGCAUCAAGCUUAACACCUUACGUUCCAUUAAUUGCAGGAUCAAUUGCACGCUCAUUUGCUUGCAUUUCUUGUUAUCCUGUAGAACUUGCUCGGACUCGCAUGCAGGCAUUUAGAGUAAACCAUGGCAAGCCUCCAGGGGUGUGGAAAACAUUGCUUGGAGUCAUCCACCCUGCUAAUGGCACAAGUAUUUUUGAAAACUUACGGAGGUAUCGUUUCUGGUGGACUGGCCUCGGAGCACAACUUUCUCGGGACGUUCCAUUCUCUGCAAUUUGCUGGUCAACCCUUGAGCCAAUUAGGAAAAACAUUCUUGGUCUCGUGGGUGAUGAAACAAGUGCAGCCACUGUCCUUGGGGCAAAUUUUUCUGCUGGUUUUGUUGCAGGAACUAUAGCAUCUGCUGCCACAUGUCCACUGGAUGUGGCUAAAACUCGACGACAAAUAGAGAAGGAUCCUGAAAGAGCAUUAAAGAUGACUACAAGAACAACAUUAAUUGAGAUUUGGAGGGAUGGAGGAUUAAGAGGGCUAUUUACAGGUGUUGGUCCUAGAGUAGGUCGUGCAGGUCCAUCGGUUGGGAUAGUUGUCUCCUUUUACGAAGUUGUCAAGUUUGCCUUACAGAAUAGACAUCCAACUUCAUCAUAGAAGAUACUUGCAUUUAUCAUCUGGAGCUUUCAAUUCCAUUUGUAAAGUUAGCUUAGUAGUCAAUUACAUUACAUCAAUGACAACAAUCUUUAUCUCAUGCCCAGAAGAACCAUGUUCCUGACAUUGCAAGUAGUCAGGGCACAAGAGGCAACAAAACACUCGGCAGUGGGCACCUACUAAUAAGUAACAAUCCAUUUAUUGUCUUCCA